UCAGCGACUUUUCGUGUUUCUCUGCUGCACAUACCUCUGUUUCUUAACCAUAGGGACAGCUAGCUUAUCAUUCUCUCCAUCGUCCCUUUUUGGAAAAAGCUAACGUUGGAUCAAACUUCCUCAAGAAUUGGAUUGGUCUACGUGAGUACCAACGAAGGCUACGAUGAUGGAAGCCAAAGUACGGAGGGCAGUAUGGUGGGCCUUAUGUAUCUUCUUCCUCACGUACUUCUUGGCCCAUACAAGUAAGUCUAUGUGGAUGAAUUUGCCAGUUGCAGUUCUCAUUCUCUGCGGUCUUCGAAUUCUUUUGAAUCAGAAUGAGUUCAGAAGGAAAGUUAUGCCAGCUCCAAGACAGAGACACUUGCCUUAUCCCGGCAGGAAGCAGUUGUCCUUGAAUGAUGCUCGUCUUUCCACUACCCCACCUCCUCCAAGUUGGAAGAACAAGAUUAACUCUCAGGUUGUGGAAAAUGCGAUCAAUGAUUUUGUAGGCACGAUCGUUGAUAAAUUCGUGAAGAAGUUGUGGUACUCUGGGAUCACUCCAGAUAAAGAUUUCCCUGAACUGAUCCGUGGAAUGAUCAUGAAUGCUGUUGUUGAAAUUUCGGUGAGGGUAAAAGAGAUAAAUAUCUUCGGCUUAAUCAGGGAUAUAGUUGAUCUGAUGGGUGAUCAUUUGGAGAGUUUUAGAAGAAACCAAGCUGCUAUAGGUAUUACUGAUGUUAUGAAGACACUGUCAUCUGAGGACAUAGAUAAAAAGUUGAAGGGCCAUCUUAUGAAUUCUAAGGAGCUUUAUCCUGCACUCGUAUCAGCAGAGAGUGAGUACAAGAUUCUUCAGGAAAUAGUUACUGGCAUAUUAUCUGUGGUUCUCAGACCACGAGAAUUUCAGUGCCCCUUUGUUCAAACGAUAGCUAGAGAGCUUUUGGCUUGCUUGGUAUUUCAACGUCUUGUGAAUAUUGCAUCCCCCCACAGCAUUUCUUAUAACGAAGACAUUGAGUUACUUGAAGAAAGCACCCAAGGGGAAGAUGAUAUUGUUUCAGAAGCUAAUGGGUGGCACUCAGAUAAUGAAUUGGACUCCAAGCAUGUCCCACCAAGAGUGGUUAGAUAUCUUGGAGAGCCUGAGAAGGGGCUGAGCGAUUCGCAGCACGCAGAUCCAUCGACAAGUUUGGUUCACAUUCCUGCUAACAUGCCACCUGAGUGGAUUCCGCCCAAUGUCAUUGAGCUGAUUUUGAACCUAGUUGAUAAAAUGUUUCAGUUAAAAAGAGGAGGUUGGUUCAGGAGGAAAUUGUUCUCGGGAUUGAAGAAAAUGUUACUAGCUAUGGAAAAUCCUGUGGAUGACUUGCUUCUGUGGGGGAUCUGUUGGCUGCGGAAUGAAGACACAGUAGCUCAUGGAAUACGUUUGGCUACCGAUAACUUACGGCGACAUGGUGAAAAGGCAUUGGAUCAGGCUGGCCCUACUUCCUUUGAGCAGCAACUUCAGUAUGGAGCUCGUAAAAUCAAGGAAUUCCUUUUCAAUAAGGCCCCAAAAGCUUUAGUGGGAUUCGUAUGGAACAAUCUGCACAGGACAUGCGCAAGCGACAUCUUCUAUUUCACUAAGUCAAACGUAUGCGUAAAGCAACUAGCAUUUGCAAUACUGGAACUGCUACUUGGAAAGGUUCUCCCCGAGCUGGAAGAUACUUUGAGAGACAUAAGGAAGAAUCCUCCCCGCAUGGUCGAUCACAGUAAUAACGAAGGCAGCCUAUGAUUUGCUUGAACCAGUUGCCUAGCUUUCUCUAUGUUAAAUAUUUUUUUUUGGGUUCUUUAUAGUAUACCUAUUAUUCCAUGUGUGUAAGAGAUAAAAGUGCUAGUAUCAAUUUUUGUGAGUUUUUUUUUUUUUGGUAAACA